GCCUGGGAACAGUCUGCUGGAGUGGUUGUAUUUCCCAACAUUCAGCUGUUAGCAAGUGAGGUUUCCAAGCUUCUGACAAAAGAAAUUAAGAAGAUCCUCAAUGGUAAACCUGCAGAGGAAGCUCGUCUGGCUUUGGAGCAAUUGCUACAACAGAAAGGGGAAGCAGAAUAUGGCCAUUUGCUGCUGAAAUCAGUGUAUCUCCUCUCACAGACUGACUUGAGAACUAUGUGGAACAUCAUUGGAUCUGGCCUUCCAGCUGCUCUGAUGCAGUGCCUGUACCUUUUCUUUACUUUUCCUCUGAAGAAAACCAGUGAUGAUGGAGAGACAAGUGAGGAUGACACCCAAACUCAGGAAAUGCUUGUUAAGAUAAUGCUUAACAUGUACAGAGAGGAACAAGGUGUAGAGGAACUUCUGGCAGCUGAUAAGCUUCAGUCGUUAAUCAUAGCAACUGCUUCCCUCUGGGACCAGUGUAGCCACUCCUGGAAAGUACCUACAGGCCAUGUGCUGAGAACGAUUUCAAAGGCUCAGACCAAAAACAGCAUUGUGUACCUACAAGCUGUGGACUGCAUUAAAAUAGCUAUUCAGAAUCUCUUUAAACUGGCUGAUACCCUACCUGCUUGUGAUGUAUGUGAAGCUGCUAGUAUUGUCUUGUGCUUUGUGAAAGAUUCCUAUCCUGUAUCAUCAGCUUUAUUAACAGAGUUUGAAAACAACGAUGGCUACCAACUCCUGCUAAAAAUUUUACUCAGAUGUGAAGGGUCACAGCAAAAUGAAGGAGACUCCUAUCUAGACGAGAUCUUGGACAUGCUGACUUGCCUUACAACCUGUGGAAAAACUGAAUUGAAAGUUUCUGGCAAUAUUGUACACCCGCAAUUACCGCACUUUAAUUUUGAGUGGACACGGUCUUCUGGAAUGACGGUGAAAAACCUUCAGGCUUUUCAGGUGUUGCAGUCCAUUUUCCAGAAGAGUAAUGAUCAGUACCUGUGCGAAAGAAUCUUGGCAGCAAUUGGUACCAUAUGGGCCUGGGACACAGUCAACUUCUUUCUUCUGGAAUGGACGCUACAACCUAUCAACCAGUUUAUUGACAUCAUCCAUUUCAAACCACACCCAGUCCAAGUCCAGUUCUUCAGACUGGUAGAGUCCAUAGUGCUAGACCUGUCCUAUGUCCCCCAUGAAAUUUUAAAGAAGGUUCAGUAUUUGAUAAAGGAAAACAUAGUGCCAUUCUGUAGCUUAACAGCUCUCCAGUGCCUUCUCAGCAUGACCAAGAAGGACCUGUUAUUCAGUGAUAUAUUCCGUGACUCUGGGCUCUUAGGCCUACUGCUGGCACUUUUGAGGAAGCAAGCCAAGAUCCUGAGGAAGUCAGGUAAAACUUACCGUCUGCAUGGUCUGGAAGAAGGCACUGAGAAGGAAUUAAAUGCUGUGAUGCUGAAGAUGGUGGCUGCUCUUACCGUGAGAUCUGUGAGGAACACUGUUGUUCUGAAGGACUAUGGAAUGGUGCCAUAUAUCAAGAUAUUUUUGGAUGAUGAGUGCUACAGGAGUGCUACUCUGAGCAUCUUGGAGCAGCUGUCGGUCAUCAACUAUGAAGAAUAUAUGAGUAUUAUUAUUGGGGCCCUCUGUUCUUCUACUCAAGGGGAACUACAUCUGAAACUAGAUCUGCUGAAGUCACUCCUAAGGAUACUGGAGAGUCCCAAGAGCCAUUCAGCUUUCAGAACCUGCAGUGGAUUCAACGGACUCCUGUCCCUCCUAUCAGACAUGGAAGGUGCAUUGCAGGACUCACCAUCUGGGCUGUGGGCACCAGUUGGACAGAAUUGCAUAUUGGAGCUUGUUUUCUACACGCUUCAGGGAAUAACAGCAGCCCUGCACCUGGACCCUGUCAACAGUAACUUCUUCCAGAGGAAUGGUUUUUUUGAAAAGAUGGCAGAGGAUCUUGGGUCACUUGGAUGCUUCUGGACACAAGGGGAAUAUCAGAUCUCUCUGAGCCUGGAGAAGACAAGGACGUUUGCAGAAUUCUUGGAUGCAGCUUUCUGUUCUUCAGAACCUUUCCCAGUGUGGCUAAAGAACUGCAUAUGGAUUCUGAAAUUUCUUGAUCACAUGGUUAAAGGAACUCUCCAUCUGGAGAGUUACUUCAAGGAGAGAAAGCCAGAGAUGGGAGAGGCAUCAAGAGAUGAUGACGAGAGACCCCAAGCUCAAGAAGAGCAUCCUGUUGCUUUGAAAAGACCAGGCAACAAAUUACCUACCUCUGCCUAUAGGCUGUGGGGAAACCCUGAGAAGUAA